AUGAAUUUUAUUAAAGUAGAAGAGCAAGAAAAAUAUGUAGAAGAUAAGGGUUUAAAAUUAUUUUAUAUUAAUACAAAUAAAGCAAAAGAAUAUGAAUCCCAUAUUAAUGUUUUAAAGGCAUUGAUUGAAGAUUACGAUACUAUUAAAAUAUAUGUUGUUAAUAAAGAAAAUAUAAGUAGAUGUGAGUUUUUAUUCUAUGAAGACAAUAAUCUUAUUAAAAGUUUUGUAAAUAGUCAUUUGGGUAGUAUGACUGCAUUUUUGAGAAAAUAUAUUACUUCAAAUAAUAACAAUGAAGAAAAAUAUAGUGAAAAAAGAAUAAUAGAAAAAAUUGAAAAUCUUUUAAAAAAUAAUAAAAUUAUUCUUUUUAUGAAAGGAAAUAAGCAUUUUCCUCAAUGUAAAUUUAGUAACGCAGUUAUAUUUAUUCUGAAUAGUUUAAAGAUUAGAUAUGAAACUUAUGAUAUUUUACAAGAUGAAGAAAUUAGAAAUCAAUUAAAGAUUUAUUCUAAUUGGCCAACUUAUCCACAGUUAUAUAUCAAUAGCGAAUUAAUUGGAGGUCAUGAUAUUAUUAAAAGUAUGUUUGAAAAUGAUGAAUUAAAGUCAUUAAUACCUGAAGAUUGCUUUGAACAUUAG